GGUGGAAUAUAAACUUAUAACAAUCCAAGGACUAACUGUCAACAUCCCUGCUCUUCACAAGGUCUUAGUGUACUGUUAAAGAAGAACUCCACAGUGGGAUAAAGCAAAUGUCUAUUGUUUCUCAAUUUCCAAUGAUACUGUGGUCAGAAUAACUUUGUAACUAGAUCUAUGCUGAAACGAUACAACUAGUUAUUAGUAUUUGCAAAUCAGGAUUAUGUAGAAUAAAUUAUGUUGUCUUUCAUUCCACUGACAAUUUAUAUAUUGACAUAUCUGAAUAUAGCCAAAGGCGGUCAUUUAUCAGUUAGUGUUAAUCUACAAAGCUGUGAUUACAGUGUACGAACUCAAGCUGAUGGUACAUUGUGUGAUCAAGUGGAACGUUCAUUCUGUUUACCGGUAUUCAAAAUAUGCCUUCAUACAGAUAAUGAAAAUGUAUGCUCUCAACCACUUCCAAGAAACUUUGAACUUAUCAAAUCAAACCAAGGAAAUUCUGUGAUUUGGAAAAAUGCCAGUAACAUUGUCAAUUUGUCCACCGUAAUUGAUGAUCGAAGAUCUAUGGAUGGAGCGACACUAGAUAUUAAAGUAUUUAAUAAGGAUGACGAUGAAGGAAAUAUUGUCGACCGAUUCGCCUAUUAUCUAACAGAAAGACUUAACUCACUUAGAUCUGGAAAACUAGUAACAUGGACUAAUACCACUCAAACAUCGAUUCGAGGUUCGAUGCAUUUGCAGCUAUCAAUUACAGCCAUAUACACUCCUGAUAAUGAUGAUAAUUAUAAAGAAAUAAUGAAGCAACCUCCUUCAACAGAGAUACAAUUAGUUGGUAAAGAAUCCAAAGACUAUCCAGAAUGGGUGAGAUUUUCUUGUUUCAUAGCAACUUCAGUAUUUCUUAAAGAUGUCUGUCUUAAAAUGGGCGUUCAGUGGAGAGAAAUCACACCAUAUGAGAAGAAUUUUGAUGAUUAUGAACUGACUAUAUUUCGCCUUUACCAUAUGUUUAAAGAAUGGUUUUAA